AUGGGUAACCAACGUUUAUCUUGGUUUAAUGAAAUAGACGAUGAAAUUAUCAACGAAAUCCCAGAUGCGAGAAACGAUAACAGCGUUUACAGAUUACCAGAAAAUGUGAUUCCUCUAAAAUACGACAUCUUCAUUGAUCUUUACUUCAACGAGAGGACCGAUAGACCGUUCAGUUACGAUGGUCAGGAGUAUAUCUUAAUACAGGCCGUUCAAAGCAAUGUUACACAGAUCGUCCUACAUGCAAAUGUGGAUACAAUUAAUAGUGUAACAUUACUAAAUGAGGAUAACGUUGAAGUUGCUUUGAAUCCAUUGAAUCGAUUUGAAAUAGAACCCUUGUAUCAUUUCCUGAAGAUUAACCCAGUAGAAACAUUAAGAACAGGGACGAACUAUACCUUGUAUAUUAGCUAUACCAGCACUAUGAAUGAAGGUCCCAUGAACAGAGGCAUUUGGAGAGGAUGGUAUAAGGAUAGUGGUGGAGUAGAAAGAGUUUACGCUACUACGCAUUUUCAGCCUUAUAAUGCAAGACAGGCGUUUCCUUGCUGGGACGAGCCUCUUUUCAAGGCUAUCUUUAAACUCCACCUGUCCAAACCUGCAUCAUUCUCAGGCACUUUUACCAACACACGACUUGAAAGAUCAGUAACGUUAGCAAAUGGCAGAGUUAGAGAUGAUUACCUCGAGACUCCGAAGAUGUCAUCCUACCUUGUGACAUUCCUUGUGAGUGAAACCUUCCAACCAAUUGCCCAAGACCUUUCUCGUAACCCUCCCAUUAGGAUCAUUGGCAGAUCUAAUACCGUUGGACUUGGUGGUCACGCCUUGAACUUAGCAGUCAAACUGACGGACUUUUUUGAUGAAUAUUUUGGUAUACCUUAUUCAACCCUACAUCCCAAUUUGCUCAAUGAUCACGUUUCCUCUCCGGAUUGGGCAUCCGCUGGUACUGAGAACUGGGGUAUGGUCAGUUAUAGAGAAUUGCAUAUGAUUGUUGACCCCAACGUAGCUCUCAUGUCUGUAGAGCAUUAUUCAGCGACUUUGGUUUCCCACGAGCUUGCCCAUAAGUGGUUUGGAAAUUACAUCACUUGUUACUGGUGGAGUAACACAUGGAUUAACGAAGGUUAUGCCAGUUACUUCGGUUACAUUGCUACUCAUCAGGUAUUUCCCGAAUACGAAUUGCACGAUCACUUCAAUUCCCGCUACCUUCAGACAUCACUGGCUUUUGACUCUGGUACUGGUACCGUUCCUCUUAACCACGAUGUGAAUACACCAGCGCAGGUCACUGGGCACUUUGGCACUAUCAGCUACUCGAAGGCAGCCGCUUUUGUUAGGAUGACCGCGAACAUUAUUUCUCUAGAAACAUUUAGGAAAUCCUGCCGAAUCUUUUUGUUAAACAAGAUUUGGGUGAAUGAGCCCGGAUAUCCGUUAUUGAACGUUGACGUCAAUCAUUCCACAGGAGAAAUAACUUUGAAUCAGGAGCGCUUCUUUUUAAGUACAUCAGCUGCAGCAACUGGGCAGGUCUAUCCUAUUCCGAUUACUUUUUCAACCAGAAGAAAUGCUAACUUUAAUAAUUUAACGCCCAGUCACAUGAUGACUACGGCAAGUUACACAUUACGCAAAGAUCAGGGUGAAGAGUGGGUAAUAUUCAACAAUUUGCAACAAGGUCACUACAGGGUUAACUAUGAUAAUAAAACCUGGGAUAUAAUAGCGGAUACAUUAUAUAACACACCGGAAGAAAUUCACUACUUAAACAGAGCUCAGAUCGUUGACGACGUCUUUGCCUUGAUGAGGUCCACUAGAAUGACUUAUAAUGCUGGAUUCAAGAUAUUGAGAUUCCUGGCUUCCGAAAUUAACUUCCAUGUUUGGGAUCCCGCUAUAAGUGGUUAUACUUGGUUGAGAAAUAGACUCAGACACCUCCCUGAACAUAUAGCUGAAUUUGAUGUAUAUCUUUUAAAUCAAAUGGAUUACGCUGUAAGGACCUUGGGACCUGAACCUGCGGCUGGCGAAACUCCUACCACAACUAUGGCGAGACAAAGCAUCCUGCAUUUCGCAUGCACUAUUGGUCACAUCAGAUGUACUGAAGAGUCUUGGAGGCAAUGGGUAAACUGGAGAGAUAACAAUGUCGCUGUCAAUUCUCGUGUUCGCCGCAACGUCUAUACCACGGCCAUGAGGCAAGGUGAUUCAAGAGACUUUGAGUAUCUACUAAAUGCCUUAAACCAGACCAACUUCGCAAAUGAAUAUCUUGAAAUCUUGAGAGGAUUGGGUGCAAUCAGACAACCUGAGCUGUUAAACCGAUACUUGUCUCUUACAUUGACUCAGAGCGUAAGAUCCCAUGACAAGCUGAACUCAUUCAACUUUGCUCUUCUUGGUCACCGAGAUAACGCUCGCACCGUGUUACAAUUUGUCAAGAACAAUAUAAAUCAGAUCAGAACUGCUUACGUCGAGAAUUCUCCGCCUUCACCGGUGCACAGCGCUCUUUCAAAUCUCGCCUCAUACCUUGAUGAACCAGAACUAGUUGACUACGAAAACUGGCUCCGCUCGUCACAAUCCAACAUUCCUCAGUUCGCCUCAGCUAUAAGUGCUAUUAACUCAGCUCGUAGUAAUAUGAACUGGGGUACACAAAACGCAGAUAUGAUUAUAUCUGCUACAGAAGGAAGUUCUGCAUCUACGGCUGUUUCUUCACUUGUUCUAAUCACUAUGGCCCUUAACAGCGCCAUGCAUAUCAUCAGCCUCACAUGUUUAGCGCUCGUCGCUCUUGCAAGAGCUGACUUCCCUGUGGACGUCAAAGCUCCCGUCGCCAACGUCCGCAACGACGACGCGGUCUACCGUGUACCUGAAGAUAUCGACCCUAUUCAUUACGUGGUCGAAAUCACUCCUUACUUUGAAGCGGAGGGCAACAAGGAGGCCUUCACCUUCGACGGAAUUGUCACACUUACAUUUACGGCUACACAAAGCAACUUAAACUCGUUCGUUAUUCAAGAGAAUGUCAGAGAGAUAGUUUCCGUGAGUCUGACUACUGCAAGCGGUGUACCUGUAACUGUAGCUUCGUAUGACCGAAUCAGGGAGUAUCAUUUCCUUCGAGUGAACCUUGCCGCAGGAAAUACUCUAGUCAAUGGAGCAUCGUACCAACUGACUGUGGUGUAUGUAGGCAAUAUUAAUGAGACUCCUCUCUCAAGAGGUGUGUUCAGAGGAAACUACAUAGGAGAUGAUGGGAGAGUACACUGGUAUGCAGCCACGCAUUUGCAGCCAACCCACUCUAGGCAGGCAUUCCCGAGCUUAGAUGAGCCCGGUUUCAAGUCAACUUUCGACAUCAUUAUUAACAGGCCAGCCAAUUACGGCGAGACCUACGCAAACAUGCACCUUGUAUCUAGCACACCAAACGGCAACCGCGUGAGAGAAGUCUUUCAAAGAACUCCUCGAAUGUCAGCUUAUUUAAUAAGUUUCCACAUCAGCGAAGACUUUACUGUCCUUGCUGACAACAAAGAUAUAGUCAGGCCCUACAGGAUCCUGGGCAGGCCAAACGCUAGAGGACAGGGCGAAUAUGCUUUGGAAGUUGGACCCCCUCUUACUACGUGGUUAAGCAAUUAUUUCAAUAUUGAUUACUACAACAUGGAGCCAAAUAUAAAAAAUGAUCAAAUUGCCUCACCUUACUGGGCCUCUGGCGCUACUGAAAAUUGGGGUCUUGUCACUUACAGGGAACUACGUCUCCUGUACGAAGAAGGUGAAACGAAUGCUGUGGAUAAAUUGAGCAUCGGAACUAUCACUGCUCACGAAUUAGCUCACAAAUGGUUUGGUAACCUCAUCACCUGCAGAUGGUGGGACAAUGUCUGGAUUAACGAAGGAUUCGCCAGCUACUUCGAAUAUUUUGCAAUGGAUGGUGUUGAUAAAUCUUUGGAGCUCGAAGAUCAAUUUAACAUCAUGUACCUGCAAAGUGCAUUAUCGUCUGAUCAAACAACAUCGACCAGGGCUUUGCAACACACUGUCAACAGUCCCACGCAGGUCACCGGCCAUUUCACGGGCAUCAGUUACACUAAGGGAGCUUCCUUGCUUCUCAUGCUGAAGCACCUAGUUAGCGAAGAUACCUUUAAGAAGGCCUUGAACUAUUUUUUACUUGACAGAGCAUACAGAGAGGCGUUCCCAGUAGAUCUUUACAACGCCUUUAGGAGAGCAGUCAGUGAAGACGGCUUAACUAACGUUGAAAUCGGCACUUUUAUGCAAACCUGGGUUGAUGAGGUUGGAUAUCCCGUGCUGACCGUAAAUACUAACAUGGAAACCGGCGAUAUGACCCUGACACAGGAACGAUUCUUCAUCAGCGCAUCAGUAAACACAACACAACAAAUAUGGCCGUUGCCCCUUACCUACACAACUGGCAGUUCCCCCAACUGGGAUAAUUUGCAGGCGUCUCAGGUGAUGGGCACAAGAUCUACCACACUCACUAAAACCUCAGGAGAAGAAUGGGUUAUAUUUAAUUUGCAGCAAAAAAAUAUGUACCGUGUCAACUACGACUCGCAUAACUGGCAACUGAUUGCGAAUGCGUUGAGCGAAAACUUCAGCAGUAUUCACCAUUUGAAUCGAGCUCAGAUUGUCGAUGACGUGUUCGCUCUGAUGCGUUCCCGCAGAAUGACAUAUGAGCUCGGAUUCCAAGUGCUUCAAUUUUUGAAGAGGGAUACGAGCUUCUAUUCGUGGUAUCCUGCUAUCACUGGUUUUAACUGGUUGAGGAAUCGAUUCCUGCAUCUGCCUGAAGUUUCAGCUGAGUUUGAUAAAAUUAUCCUUGACUUCAUGGACAAUACCGUUGAGCACCUUGGUUAUGAUGUAGAUGAAACAGAAAAUCUGAGCACCACACUCAACAGAUUCUACCUUCUUACAUUUGCUUGCAACGUUGGCCACGAAGGCUGCAUCAGCGAUUCUCAAACGAAAUUCAGAGCUUUAGUCACUAAUGGUACACCUGUAAACCCCAACUUGAGGCGUCACGUAUAUUGCAUUGGUCUCCGUUCCGGUGAUAUGGGAGACUUUAACUCCAUACUUAACUUAUAUCGAAGGUCGAAUAACCAGGCUGCUGAAUUAGUCUUGCUGAGAGCUUUGGGAUGUACCACGAAUCAGCAGGCUGGAGUACAAUAUUUGGAUUUGAUUCUGUCAACACAAAUUAAAGCUCAAGACAAAAUGAACGCCUUCUCGUUCUACUAUAUAGGCCAUAGAGACAACGCUAAGAAUGCUUUGGAAUGGUUGAAAAGCAACAUAGUAGCUGUCAGAACAAACCUUACACCGCCUUUGUCGUUCAGCACUUUCCUUAGUACUCUCAUUAGUUACUUAGACGAGGAAGGUCUGCAAAAUAUGGAGACCUGGUUGAACGCAAACACGGCAUUAGUUCCUGAGUACAACGUAGGUCUGAACGCUAUUAAUUCAGUCAGAGCCAAUAUGCAGUGGGGCGACGAAAAUGCACAAAUCGUUUUAGAAGCAGCUAGAGGUUCCGCUGCCAUCCUUCUACCAACUACUAUGGUCGUGGUAGUGAGCACAAGAAAUGUAUUACCGACUGCUAGCUAUAGCAGUAAUAUGCUUACUGCCGCUGCCAAUAUUACUGUCAGAAUGAAUUCAAACACUAUUCAACUCAAUAAUUCCAAUCCUUUAGAGUUUAAUACUCAAUAUUCUUUUGCUUAUAUCAAUUUAAUGACUGAAUUAGUUCCUAAUAAUCAGUAUGAAGUUACAAUUACUUAUAAAGGACCACUUAGAACUGACUUGAAUGGAUUCUACAGGAAUUAUUACUUGGAGAAUGGAGUAAAGAAAUGGUUAGGAGCUACACAAAUGGAGCCUACACAUGCGAGAAAAGCGUUCCCAUGCUUUGAUGAGCCCCAACUAAAAGCUACAUUUACUAUUUCGAUUGAUCGACCUUCGACCUACAAAAACUCACUUUCAAAUAUGAAAAUGCAAUCAUCUAGGGAUUUAGGCAAUGGUUACGUCAGGGAAACAUUUCACCCUACACCGAGGAUGUCUACAUAUUUGGUCGCUUUCCUAGUCUCAGAAUUCGAAGCCGGUCAAUACAGAAAUGGUACCCAAGAAUUUGGUAUCUUCUCAAGGCCUGAAGCUAAGAAUCAGACUUUAUAUGCUUUCGAUUUUGGCAUAAAAGUCGUGGAAGAACUUGGAAGCUAUUUUGGCAUUGACUACUACUCUACAAAUGAGAAUAUAAAAUUGGAUCAUGUGGCUAUCCCUGAUUUUAGAGCAGGUGCUAUGGAAAAUUGGGGUCUCGUUAAAUACAGAGAAGCCUUGCUUCUCACUGAUUCAGAUCAGACAGCGCCCUACUUUAGAUACAGAAUUGCUCAGAUUUUGGCUCACGAAACAACUCAUAUGUGGUUUGGAAAUCUCGUUACCUGCCAUUGGUGGAGUAAUACAUGGCUAAAUGAAGGGUUUGCCAAUUAUUUCCAGGACUAUAUAACCUCUUUGAUUGAACCGGAAAUUGGUUCCGCCAACCUACUGGUUACCAGCUCUGCGUACGUUGCUUAUGCUGCAGACGAUACUCCCACUGCAGCACCACUUACUAACGAUGAAGUCAAUUCUCCUGCUGAAAUCAGUGGCCAUUUUGGAAGUAUUACAUAUCAAAAAGGUGGCUCUAUCAUUAGAAUGAUUCACUAUCUCAUCGGAGAUGACGCUUUCAGACUUGGUCUCCGCACUUACUUAACAAACAAUGCUUUAGGAUCCGGAUACCCAAAUCUACUCUACGCUGCUUUAGAUUACGCAGUGACCACACAAAAUUCACUUAGCUCAUACCCUAACACCACUGUAGCUGACGUAAUGGGUUCUUGGGUUUCUCAAGCCGGUCACCCUAUAAUUCAUGUCAAUAUUAACUAUAACACCGAUACGGUAACUUUAACUCAGAAACGGUUUUACAUAAAUGCCUCAUACUCAUCAAAUGAAAUUUAUAAAAUUCCUAUUACCUACACAACCGGAUUAUCGCCUAACUUUAAUAACACUAAGCCUAUGUUCAUAAUGAAUGAUCAGUCAUAUGAGUUUACUAUUGCUAAUGUUAGUCAGACUUGGGUGAUAUUCAACGUACAGGAGUCAGGAUUUUAUAAAGUGAAUUAUGACCAGCGCUCUUGGGAACUAAUUGCAUCACUCUUAAAAGGACAGGAACGCACUAAUAUACACCAUUUAAAUCGAGCUAAGAUUGUAAACGACCUUUUCGCUUUUCUAUACGGUGAUGAAGUAAAUUUCUCAGAUCUUCACAAUGUACUAGAAUUUUUGUCCCAAGAGGACGAAUAUUCAGUGUGGCUAGCCGCUUUAAGAGGUUUUACGAAAUUAAGGAAUAGUUUCUUGGGUAACAAUGAUGUGUUACCUCAAAUUGAGAGUUACAUUCUCAGUUUUAUGAGCAGCUAUAUUAAUAGAUUUGGUUAUGUUGAGAGACAAACUGAUUCUUUCGAAGAUAUGAGAAAUCGUCAACAAAUCCUGGAGUUUGCUUGCAAGUUAGGUCACAGUGGAUGUGUAUCCCAAGCUAAAGCUAUGUUCAAAGCGCUGAGAGAAAAUGGUACAGAGGUCUCCCCUAGUCUACGUUCAGUAGUCUACUCAACUGGACUACGCUAUGGUACUGGUGAAGACUACGACUUUUUAUGGAACCGCGCAAAGAGCACAAAUCUAGCAAAUGAAAUUUGGAUAAUUUUGGAUGUUUUGGGUCAUACUACAAAUGAGGAAAAACUGAAGAGGUACCUAGUAUCAAUGACGGAAGACAACAGCCCUGUUAGGACCCAAGAUUUAACAACACCGUUGUCUAGUGUGCUCAGUAACUAUAGUAAUUUACCUCUCGUCAUGGAUCUACUGAAAACGGACUAUGCUUCAUGGGCUUCCAUAUAUACAACUAUGGAUUCGGUCUUAAGUACUGUUGCGUCUAAUCUCCGUACUGAAAGCGAUUUUAGCGAAUUCGAAGCUUUCUUGUCAAGUUGCACAGAAUGUACAGAUGCGGCUAAGACUGCUGCAAGGAACUCAUUACAAGUCGCCAGGGCAUCGAAGGUUUGGGCCGACAGUCACGAAGCAGCUAUAUUGUCAACAUUUAAAAACAACUCCAACACAGCAAUCCCUUCUGUUUUAAUGCUGAUUAUUAGUUUAGCGAUCUUCUUCAUAAGAUAUUAG